AUGUUGGCGUUCAACCGUAUCCUCACCUUCCUCAUGGUGGCGAUGACCUUCGGCGUAGUUAUCGCCGAAGGUCCCAAGGGCCCCAGAAUCACCCACAAGGUCUUCUUUGAUAUCGAACACGGUGAUGAGAAACUCGGACGAAUUGUUAUCGGAUUGUACGGAAAGACUGUUCCAAAGACUGCUGAAAACUUCCAUGCUCUCGCUACCGGCGAAAAGGGAUUCGGUUAUGAGGGAUCUACUUUCCAUCGUGUCAUCAGUGACUUCAUGAUUCAGGGCGGUGACUUCACCAAGGGUGACGGCACUGGUGGCAAGUCGAUCUACGGCGAGAAGUUUCCUGAUGAGAACUUCAAGCUGAAGCACACCCGCAAGGGACUUUUGAGCAUGGCCAACGCCGGACCAGACACCAACGGAUCUCAAUUCUUCAUCACCACUGUCGUCACCAGCUGGCUCGAUGGCCGCCACGUCGUCUUCGGUGAAGUCGUCGAGGGUUAUGAAAUCGUCGACAAGAUCCAGAACGUCCCAAAGAACCACGGCGACAAGCCACUCAUCCCCGUCAAGAUCGCCAAGAGCGGUUCCCUCCCAGUUCCAGAAGAAGGUAUCCAAGAAGAAGUCAAAUCCGAUGCCCCCAAGGAUACACCAGCUCCAGCUGCCGAAGCCCCAGCUGCCGAUGCUCCCAAGGAGGAGUUGUAA